CCUCUUUGGAUAUAUAUGGGCUCGGCCCACGUUUUAAAGCCCGAAUUCGGCCCAUAUAGUGGGAACUGGGUAUGGGUUGUUGAAUCUCUGCCGUCUAUCUAUCUCCAUUACUCACUCUUCACCGUCUCUGUGACUCUGAGUUUGUUUGAGAGAAUUCAAAUGACAGUUGCGGCUGCUCCUGUUCCUUCACGACGGGAGGCUCUAUCUCUCUUCCGCUCGCUUCUUCGAAUUGCUCGCGAAUUCCCAGACUACAACAUCAGAGACUACACGAAGCGCAGGACCAUCGACGCUUUCCGUCAGAAUCGCAGUCUUUCCGACCCAUCUUCAGUUUCCUCUGCUUUCUCCGAUGGUAAGUCUCAGCUCGAGGUCGCCAAUCGACAGGCUUUAGUAUACUCUCUCUACGCACCAAAGCUUAAAAGCGUGAUGGAGCUCCAUCACCCUUGACGGGGUUACCACUAAUCAGUUUUGCUUCCACUACCAGGGUUCCAAUUUGACUUUUUACUCCUUCCAAUUAAUGGUUUUGGGGAGAAUCUGGGGUCUGUGGAAUUCACUGAAUUUGACCAGGGGUCCAAGUUGUUAUUUAAAUUAUCAAAAACACUGGCUUAAAGGUGUAAUUCCUUAUGAACCUUUUUACUAUCUACUGUUAGGAUGAAUUAUAUUCUGCAUUUUUUAAAAUAAAAGAAACCUGUGUUCAAUAAA